AAAGAAAAUAAGACAUAUCUUCUGAUCUGACAUAUGUAUGUUAAUUCAUAGAAAAAGGUCUGGAUGGAAUAAAAUGGUUGACGAUGUUAUUUCUGGGAAAGAAGUAGGAUUGGUGGGGGCUUGGUGCAGUGACACUGCUUCACUUUUUACUCCAGGUUUCUGUGUUUUUGGCAUUUUAUAAAACCAUAGUCAUGAGUGGGGUUUUUGGUAAUUAUAACACUCGAAAUUACUAGAGAGGAAAAUAUGUGCGACAAAGAGAAAUUGGUGCACAAAGUGAGAUUUGAGGUCGGAAGAAUGAAGAUGAAACACUUCAGGUAGUGAGCGCUGGCCGUUCUCACCAAAUCCUGUGAUAUUUUGCGACUGGUGAGUUGGAGCUUGUGCUGUGUUCUCAGGAUGAUAUAUAUACAUAGAUGUCCUACAUCACUCCAAAAACUAUGACCUACAAUGGAGGACCCACAAAUCAAGAAAACCCAGUUUCCACAUUACCUUCUUUUGGUCUAUUUGUAAGCAUUGGGUGAGAAAAAUUUUGUAUCUUUAGGAAAUAUUGAUUCACUCCCAUCCCUGAUGAGUAAAUCUGCUACCAUAAUAGAGCAGUUGUAUCGACCACAGACGUCUUUCCUCUACCCAUGACUUUAUUUCCACUUUGUUGGAUUUAUUCAUUCAGUCUGUAACUUUUAUUGAGCCCCCAUCUGCCACUCUUAGACAAGGCCCCUGCUCUCCUGGAGCUCCUAGUCAGGGGGCUGGGCAGAGAUGACAGGAAGUAUCAGGAAGUGAGAACUACUGUGAUGAAAAUUAAGCAAAGUGAUAUGAGAAGGCGUAACCAGGGAACUACGUUAAGAGAGGUAGUUAGGAAAGACUUCUUUGAGGAAGUCAUUCAUAAACCCAGGCACUCAUAAGACAGGAAGGAGCCAGAUGUGUGAUCAUUUGAGGGAAGAGUGGUCCGAGCAGAGAGAUUACAACGGGGCCCAGAGAGUGGGCAAGGGCGUGUGGGACUCAAGAGUUUGCUGCGUGGUUGGGACUUCCGGAGGUUAGCCAGGCGAGAGAGGUCUGCAGGACAAGAUCAUGUCAUGCCUGGAGGACAAGGUAAGCUCCCCAGCCCUCUAGCUGACCAGGUGGUGAGUUCAAGGUCCUAAUCUAACAGCACAAGGGAAUUCACACCAGCCCUGAGCCUCGAAGAUGGUGUCACAGUCGGCGGGCCGGCAGGACUCUCCUGUGGACCCCUGGGAAGGAAUCAGCAAUGACCCUGGCGACAUUGAUGGUUCGCCCAGCCUCCUGGACACGGACCACCUCUCUUGCGCAUCAAACAUCAGGUUUACGAGGCACAGAGCUGCCUGGAUUAACCCCCAGUGUGAGCAGCAACAGCUGCAGGACUUGCCCCCCCAGGUGCCAGCAGUGGGGAACAGAGAGAGCCGUGUUGCCUGGGACACUGCCUCUCCCUUGGGCCCUUCACCGUUAUCUCUUGGGGACUCCGUGGCGGAGACAUCAUUGUCGAAGGGCACUGUGGACUCCGUGGGCAGCUCCUCUGCCCGGGGCUCAGCUGAAAUAGGCGGUGACUUCUCUCUUACUUCAAAGGAAGAACGGGCAGUGCUCCCAGGACGCUGUCCUUGGACGCCUCUGUUCACAAGCUCCAAGAUUGACUUGGCUGCCUCCCCGUGUCGUGAGGCUGACAAUACUUUUUUCAAGCCUUCCCAGCUGACACCUUCCACUGAUGCAGGUGCUAUUCAAGUCGGUGGAAGAACCGUUUCUUCAAAUUCCUUCUCACCAGAGGCAUUCGUGCUCCCUGUGGAUGUAGAAAAGGAAAAUGCCCACUUUUACAUCGCAGAUAUGAUUAUCUCAGUCAUGGAGAAUAUGAAGUGUAGUAUUCUGAGUCAACAGCACACAGAGACCUGGAGUACAGGAGGGGCCAGCGGGUCGCUCGGGAAUGAGCCAGCAGACUUGGAAGUGAUGUUUUAUAGCCACAUAAAGCAGGAAUCCGGCUCUUCCACUUCGUCCGACAGUGGCUCUGAAGGUUGUGCUGUGUUACAGGUCAGCCCAGGGGUUGAAACACCUACUUACUGUGAUGUGAUGAAAGAGGACUGCAAAUGUGACUUGGAUGAAUUCGUUAUCGUAGAACUUGGAGAUUUCAGCAAUACCACAGAGGCCUGUGGAUGUUCCUGCAGCUCCUCUAAGAGUGUCGUUUAUGAGCCAAACUUCAAUUCGGCUGAGCUAAUAGCCAAAGAGUUAUACCACCUCUUCAAGAAGUGCUGGAUGUCAGAAGUUAAUUAUCAGCUGGCAGGCUCCCUGAAUGCAGCUGGCUCCAUAGUUGUAAAUGAAGAAUGUGUCCAGAAAGACUUUGAAUCCAGCACGGAUAUAGUACAGGAAAUUAAAUUGAAGUCGAGGAUCAGAGGGACUGGAGACUGGGCGCCCCCUAGGUUUCAAAUCAUAUUUAAUGUUCAUCCACCACUCAAGAGGGAUCUCAUGGUAGCGGCCCAAAAUUUUUUCUGUGCUGGCUGUGGAACUCCGAUAGAACCUAAAUUUGUGAAGCGGCUCCGGUACUGCGAAUACCUGGGCAAGUAUUUCUGUGACUGCUGCCACUCGUACGCGGAGUCGUGCAUCCCUGCCCGCAUCCUCAGGAUGUGGGACUUCAGGAGGUACUAUGUCAGCAAUUUCUCCAAACGGCUGCUGGAUAGCAUAUGGCACCAGCCUAUCUUCAACUUGCUGCACGUCGGCCACGGCCUGUAUACGAAGGCCAAGGAGCUGGACAGAGUGAGGGAAAUCCAGGAGCAGCUAUUUCAUAUCAGGAAGCUGUUGAAGACCUGCAGGUUUGCUGAAAGCACGUUAAAGGAGUUUGAACAGGUGCCAGGACACUUGACUGAUGAGCUUAACCUGUUCUCCCUGGAGGACCUGGUCCGGGUCAAGAAAGGGCUGCUGGCGCCCUUGCUCAAGGACAUUCUGAAAGUUUCCCUCGCGCACGUGGCCAGCUGUGAGCUGUGUCAAGGAAAGGGUUUCAUUUGUGAAUUUUGCCGGAGUACAGCUGUCAUCUUCCCAUUUCAGACCGCAACGUGUAGAAGAUGUUCAGCAUGCAGGGCUUGCUUUCACAAGCAGUGCUUCCAGGCCUCCGAGUGCCCCCGGUGUGCGAGGAUCGCAGCGAGGAGAAGACUUUUGGAAAGUUUGCCCUCUGUGGCGACAUCAUGCCCUUGACUGUCGUGAGAAAGACUGUGAAACACUUGUUAUGAUCACGUCUCCUGUUGAUAAGAUUGUUUUAUUAUUUUAUUUUAUUUAUUUUUUUUUUUUGCGGUACGCGGGCCUCUCACCGCUGUGGCCUCUCCCGUUGCGGAGCACAGGCUCCAGAC